UGGUUGUCUUGUGCAAUUUCCUCCUAUCUAUAACACUCAGUUUCUGCUAGUACAGACAGCUUGCCGCAUCAUAUCCUCCGCAAAAUGUGGGCCUCGGUGCCUCGAGUGAAAUUUUUCAAUGGCUUUGAGAUUCCACUGAUUGGACUGGGAACAUACUUGACCAAAGGCGAGGAAGGAGUCAGGGCCAUCAAACAGGCAAUCGACAUCGGGUACCGGCAUAUUGACACCGCCUACCGAUACGGCAACGAGUGUGAAGUUGGUCGAGCUUUGAAUGAAAAAAUAAGCGAAGGGUUUAUCACGCGAGAGGAUUUGUUUGUUACAACAAAGUUGUGGAAUUCGUUUCAUGCUCCUAUGCUUGUGCCCGAAGCAUUCCAGCGUUCUCUACAGAAUUUGCAACUGGAAUACGUUGACUUGUAUCUGAUGCACAUGCCGAUGGGGUUGGCUUUUCGUGGAUUUCGAGAGCAGGACCUCAUCACCUAUGACAAAUCUGGCAAGGUGGCUUUCUCGAAUGUUGACUUCUGUGAUACCUGGAAGGCGAUGGAAGACCUGGUGCGGGGAGGUCAAGUUCGCAGCAUAGGCGUUUCGAAUUUCAAUUGCGAACAGCUGAGCCGUCUGCUAUCGAAGGCCAACAUCAAACCCGUCACCAACCAGGUGGAAUGCAAUCCCGGCUUCACGCAAAAACCUCUAAUCCAAUUCUGCCGGCACCAUGGAAUUACGGUGACAGCUUUCAGUCCGAUGGGUCGUGUGGAUCGCAGUGAUUCCUCCUGUCGAGUGACGGCUGAUGUCCUACAGCAUCCACAAGUCGCUGCCAUCGGAGCCAAAUACGGCAAGACACCAGGUCAGGUUGUGCUUCGCUACUUGAUAGACAUUGGCACGAUACCGAUUCCGAAACCGUCAAACCGCGCAGAAACGGUACAGAAUAUUGACAUAUUCGACUUCAGGCUGACACCCGAUGAGAUCGCACUGAUGGGCCGCUUUGAAGGGGGCAAACGAGCCGUGCCAUUGAAAUAUUACAGUCAUCACCCGGAGUAUCCUUUUCAGCGUGAGGAGAUAUAAUUUAGGCAUUUUGAUGGGCGUCGAUUGUAUGUAUGUGGUUAACACGAUGAUGUGAUUAUUAUGUAUGUAUCCUUUGGUAUUUAUACUUGAAAAAGGUAAUAAAAGUCUGUAUUGGAUUGAUUAGAAAGAA